UCCAACAAGCUCUGUGUACUCACUGAAAAAAAUAAAAAAGGUACAAAAACAGCAGCAGGUUUUUCGGCUAACCUGACUCUGCCUAGUUGGUUUUUUGUGCAUCGGCGUCACAGACCUCUUCUGGUUCAACGGUAAACCCAACUUGCACGUAAAGGAUCAGUGGCCAUUGAAAAGGCUCAUUAUGGAAAGCACCAGAGGACGCAUUUUGCAGCUAAUGGUGAUGGGCGUUUUGCUGGGCAUGACCGUCCCAGUACACAGGGCCAUCCAGACCCCUGACUAUGAUGACACCGCCACCCCUGAGAUCCUGAACCCUUCCUGGAUGGCUACCAUCCCUGACGUCUACUCCUUAUCAGACGUGACAAUGCCCGGCACACACAACACCAUGGCCCUCUACGGUGGCACACUGGCCGAAUGCAACUCCUGGUCCCUCGCCCUCCAGCUGCGAGCCGGAAUCCGCUUUCUGGAUAUCCGUGUUCGCCAUGUCAAUGGGAACCUGACCAUCCACCACGGCAUCUCGUAUCAGUAUGCCGACUUUGGGGAUGUGUUAAUGGACGUGGUGGAUUUCCUAAUGGAGUAUCCUUCGGAAACGGUGUUGAUGAGACUAAAAGAGGAGUUGAGUGAAACGCAGAAUAUUUACGAUUCAGUGGUUCGCUAUAUUAAUGAGCAUGCACAUUGGGACCUGCUGUGGAACAGUCGUGAGAUGCCCACAAUGGGAGAGGCGCGAGGAAAGCUGAUCAUACUGCAAGACUUCACCGGCCCUGACCUGGGAAUGAAGUACAACUCACUGGACAUUGCAGAUGACUGGAAGGUGGCCUCUCUGCAGCCGGAGGAUGUGGAGAAGAAAUGGACAAGUGUCUCCACUCAUCUGGAGGCGGCUGCGGUUGGUAACAAAAAUCAAAUGUUUCUCACCUUCAGCAGCGGUGCCAGUAUCCUGGCGCAUCCCAACGCCCUGGCCCAGCUAAUAAACCCCCGCCUGUACGAAUACCUGACAGGCUAUGUCGGUCAGACGAAACGGUUUGGUAUUGUAACAAUGGACUUUCCAGGGGCCAAGUUAGUGCAAACUAUUAUAGGCUUCAAUUAUUGAGAGACAACGGCAGGACGUCAAGACCAGUACACCUGGAACUCACCAAAAUACUUCAUUAAUUGACACAAAUCCCAGGUAUAACUAUAACUAAAAUUACCCAUACAUUUGAAUUUUCCAUAAUCAUGACAGAAGAAGUUUGAGCUUGCUGGCAAAUUUUGGAAUAUCUGACUUAAUAAAGCACUUUGACAAAUUUC